UGCAGUUCAUGGAGUUUUACAAAAAGGAGACCUGUGAAGAACUGUUUUCUUAGCCUGCGAGUGAGUACAGUGAGGAUGGAUGUUUCUCCUGAAACCAAACUCAACAAGCAGUUACCAUCCAGUUAUAAUAGUUUUGCUGGUUCAUCACAGUUGGCUGAUAGCUCAUCUCCGAACUUCACCUGUGACCUGAAUGAAAACCAUGACCUCAGCCAUCUCCCAAAGGACAUCCCUCUGAAACAGCUGGCCUCUGGUAGCCCACAUUUAUUAGACGGCAGCGUGUCACAGCUCAAAGAGACAGACGAGGACUCCUCCACUGAGGACACACCCAUGCGUGUCUACGCUGCAUCUAUCACCUUUGUUAUUGCAGUGACCGUUGCUCUGAUCUUACGUAUAUAUCUCGGGGAGUGUCUGGUGUUUGUAAAAGGUGUGGUGGUGUCAGAUCAUGAGCGCUGCACUGCACUCGGACAGAUAGUCCUUCGUGAUGGUGGAUCCAGCGUGGAUGCAGCCAUCACUGCCGCUCUGUGUUUGGGUGUUGUGCAUCCACAUGUGUCAGGUGUUGGUGGCGGCGGGGUAAUGCUAGUUCAUGACAGCCAUAAGAACAACACCAGUGUGAUUAACUUUCAGGGGACUGCACCCAAAACACUCAAAGUGGAGAUGCUGCAAAAUGCUUCAGAGUUAAAGGCAGGUCUGCAAGUGGGAGUACCAGGUAUGCUUAGAGGGUUACACCGUGCUCACAGCCAGUAUGGAAGUCUAUCAUGGGAAGAUGUGGUCUCAAGAGCUGCUGCUGUUGCCAAGGAAGGUUUCAAUGUGUCUUUCAGUCUUGCUGAGGCUAUGUCAAAGGUAAAGGGUGAGCAGCGGUCACAACGAUUUAGGGACAUGUUCCUUCCAGAUGGCAAAGCUCUGCUUCCUGGUUCAUUUCUGAGGAUGUCCGGUCUGGCUGGAGUCCUCGAGGCGGGUCUGUUGAACUUCUAUGAUGGGAAUUUCUCACAAGAAAUAGAGGAGGAGGUUCGAGCUAAUGGAGGGGUCCUGAGCAGAAAUGACAUCAGUAACUACAGUGUACAAGUGGAGCAGCCAGUGGAAGGCUUUUACAAUGACUCAGUUAUUCAGGUUCCUCCUCCACCAUCUGUUGGUGCAGCACUGAUAUCAGUGGUCAACCUUUUGAAAAGCCUCCAUCUCAAUGAGAGCAAUAACACUGAAAAUCAAAUACACCACUGGAUCGCUGAGGCUUCAAAAGGAGCUUUGGCUGUGGCUCGUGGUUUGGGUGACCCUAAAUACGACUCUUCUGUGACUGAGCUGCUCGCUGACUUGCUGAGUAAGAGUCAGGCUGAAAUCCUUCAACAGAGGUUUAACUCCUCCCAUACACCUCCACCUGAGAACUACUCCAGUGUCCACUCCCCACACACAGAGCUGAGGGCUGGACAGGUAGCAGUCAUGGGACCAGAUGGCCUCGUGGUGUCAGUUGUAAGUUCCUUGAACGCACCAUUCGGAAGCAGAAUCAUAACACGGUCAGGAGUUAUUCUCAACAGCCUCAUCCUUGACUUCGCCUGGCCAAACAAAACACAAGGGCAAAUCUUUACCAACCAGAAAAACAGAGUCCAACCAGGAAAGAGGCCCCUAUCAUCUCUAAUGCCCACAAUAGUGGUGCCAGCAUGGAAUAAAUGUGGGAUCUACAUGGCACUGAGCAGCUCAGGUGGACAACAGAGUUUAAACGUGAUCACCCAGGUGCUGAUCAGUGCACUGUCCUCCCAUAAAGAGAAAAAUGACAGCCUCUCACAGAGACUUCUUGUUGACAUUGAGUUCCCAGAAGAGAAAGUGCAUGAAAAGGACCAUGUAGUUCAGAGAAAGAAGAUAAACUCUGCUGUCCAGGGGAUCCUGAGGAACAGAGACACCAUUACGCCUAUAACAGUACCUCAGUUAUCUGAUAGUUUAUUCUAGUUUUAUUGUUUUCAUUAACUUUGUUUUUUCAUAAAUAUCCUCAAAGAGCAUAUUAUGAAAUGGUAGCAUCUGAAUUGAAUUCUGAAGAUACUGUUGUAUUGUAUGACGAAAGUUUAUUGUUCUCCAGUGUUUGAUAUGUUAUGUUGUUUUGAUCAUCAGCCAGCAGAGGGCAGUCUUUCAACAGGUACUUUCUAUUAAGAAAGCAAAAUGUCUAUU